AUGCAAGAAGAUCAUCCUGGCACUGUCAUUAGUAUAAAAACAAAUCAUACACUCAAUCUAUUAUACAAUACAGCCAAACAAGGAAUAGCUCAAAUGCGUUCUCGAGGAGUUCUCGAUGGUGAUGAUUGUAAUUUACUUGAACAAUCAUUGAAAAACAUGCAUCUUUAUCAACAUAUUCCAUCGACAAUGCCACCUUCGUCACCUAUGAUUGCUAUUCAUAAUUUAUCGUGGCUUUUUUCUAACGAACAAUUGAACACCGAUGAAACGCAUGAAAUUGAAGAAAAACUUCUUCGAGCUUUGCCUAAUGAAAACGCCGAACGUUUUACAAACGAAACACUUAUACAUCCACGGACAUUUUCUUGGCAAGAUUUCUUAUGGCAUAAGAACGAUAAAAUCCAUGGUGUCUAUUUAAUAGUUCAUGGUAUUGUUGAAGAAUGGAAACUUGAUCCGUAUGAUAUCGAUGCGCAUCAUAAUGAAGUACGUUGGAAAGAAAUCAACCGAACAAGACAAGUAAAUUUAACACCACAACAAACAUCAAGUCCAAAUACUCAUAAACAUGUACAUUAUUCACCACAAAAUCAUCAAUCUACAUUGAAAAAUAAACUGCAUAUGAAUGAUUUAUCAGUUGUAGAAACAUCAAAAGGGGAUGAAUUUUUUACUAGUGCAUUAUCCAAAGAAGGAAGAGAGAUUGACUCGUUGGUGAAAGUUCAAUCUAUAAGUACACUGGACGACGACGAAAACCUUUUACAUAGAAAUACUACAUGGUACAAGAAAUCGUCUGAGGAUGAUCGUCUACGAUCAACAGCAGGUGUUCGAGUUGCAUUUGAAGAUGGUUUCUAUAUACGUUGGCAUCAUUUAAUGACAAAUCCAAUGAACGAAAAAUUCAAAGACGAUUCGACAAUAGUCGAUGAUGAUAUUCAUCAAUAUUAUCAUCGUGCGCCAUCUGAAGAAAAUUUCGAUGAACUCUUCAAUGAAACAUUUGAUAAAUAUCGUCAAAUACAUCCAGCAACUUCCGAACGUGUACAUCGUCGUUAUUCUUACAGUUCAGGCGAUUGUAUUGGCCUCCAUGAUUUCCUAAUUAGUAACGGAGAAAAAUAUGAAUCAACUGGAAAAUGCUUAACUAAUGUUACUCUUUUUUUUAUUACAAAAGAAAAAUUGUUCGAUAUUUUAAAUUCAUAUUCAUUAUGGAAUGUUCUAUGGCUUGAAAUAGGUAUACGAUUAGCUUUACGUAUUUUACCGGAAAUUCGAGCAUUUCAACAUUCGAGAAUAAAACAGAGUAGUAAUAUGCCCAUAGCCGAUUCUGAUUUAGUUAACAAACGAUUAUUGAAUGCAGGUUUACUUAUUUAUAAUGAAAUGACAUGCAGUUUAGACGAUGUUAUUCAUCUUAAUGAAGAUCUAUUUCUUAUUGCUGGUUCUGUUCGUAAUCAGAUUACUAAAUGUGUCUAUGAAGCGCCAAUAUUUAUAGAACGAAAUUUAAGUAAACAAGGUUUAAAAUUACUUGAUGACCGUUCAAUUACUAAAAUACUCGUUUUACCAGCAACAAUGAAUACGGAUAAUCUUUUCGUGGAUAGUUCAUUAAUAAAUCAUAUAAUUGAUAUUGAAACGAAACGAGAUUUUAAUCAAACACCAAAUGAUUCUGAACAGUUUAACAAAAGACAAAUGAAGCUUUUGGAACAUAGGACACACGAACGAUUUUCAAUCCACGAGGAUAGCCCAUAUCCUCAGCAAACUGUAAAUAUCGAUAGAUCAUUGUCAACUAUUGAUAAUAAAUUUUAA